AUGGAGUACAUGAAGGGGCCAGCAACAAGCAACCAAGGCAACAUUCUUUGUUGUCAGUGUGGCAUUCCAAUCCCUCCAAACCCUGCCAACAUGUGUGUAGCAUGUCUACGGACACAAGUUGACAUCAGUGAAGGAAUUCCGAAGCAAGUUUCUGUGCAUUUCUGCAAGCAGUGUGAACGAUAUCUACAGCCACCAGCUACAUGGAUGCAGUGUGCAUUGGAGUCCAGAGAGUUGCUUACGUUAUGCUUGAAAAAACUAAAGUCUUCAUUAAGCAAGGUGCGGCUUAUAGAUGCUGGCUUUAUUUGGACUGAACCUCACUCAAAGAGACUUAAAGUAAAACUAACAAUACAGAAGGAGGUGUUGAACGGAGCAAUCCUCCAACAGGUCUUUGUAGUGGAGUAUAUGGUGCAAUCACAAAUGUGUGAUGAUUGCCAUAGAGUGGAAGCCAAAGAUUUCUGGAAGGCUGUGGUCCAGGUCCGCCAAAAGGUUCUUCAUAAGAAGACUUUCUAUUAUUUGGAACAAACUAUUUUGAAACACAGACUUCACCAGAACACUCUACGUGUCAAAGAAAUACAUGAGGGGCUGGACUUCUAUUAUGCAUCUAAGCAGCACGCACAAAAGAUGGUGGAAUUUCUUCAGUGCUCUGUUCCCUGCAGAUCCAAAGCAUCCCAGCGCCUCAUCUCUCAUGACAUCCAUUCAAACACCUACAAUUAUAAAAGCACAUUUUCUGUGGAAAUAGUUCCAGUAUGCAAGGAUAAUGUGGUGUGUCUCUCGCCAAAGCUAGCUCAAAGCCUUGGGAACAUGAAUCAGAUCUGUGUGUGUAUUCGGGUAACAAGUACCAUUCAUCUGAUUGAUCCCAAUACUCUGCAGAUUGCGGAAGUCGAUGGAAACACAUAUUGGCGACAACCGUUUAACAGCUUGUUUCAUCCCAAACAACUAGAGGAGUUCAUUGUGAUCGACUUAGAUAUUGUCAGAGACCGGAAACAAGGAGCAGGUGCUGGAAUGAGAUCAAAUAAGCAUACACUUGCUGAAGUUUGGGUUCAAAAAACAUCUGAGAUGAACACAAGCCAACAGUACCACUGUCGUACACACUUGGGACAUCUGUUGAAUCCUGGGGACUUGGUCCAGGGAUUUGAUUUGGCAAACUGUAACUUAAAUGAUGAGUUUAUUAACAAGAUGAACCCCCAUCACAUUCCUGAUGUGGUACUUAUCAAGAAGAGCUAUGAUCGUGCCAGGAGGCAGAGAAAGAGAAACUGGAAGUUGAAGGAGCUGGAGAGAGACCGAGAAGGCAUGGACACAGAUGAUGAAAGGCAGUAUCAAGACUUCCUUGAAGAUCUGGAGGAAGAUGAACUUAUCCGAAAAAACGUCAACAUUUACAGAAAUGCUGACAUUGCAGUGGAGAGUGACACUGAUGAGGAGGGAGCUCCUCGAAUCAGCCUGGCAGAGAUGUUAGAAGAUCUUCACAUUUCUCAUGAUGCCACCGGUGGGGAAGGGGCAGGAAUGCUGACAGAAUAG